AUGGACAGCAAAGAGAUAGUAUUCCUGUCGGCGGCCGCCACGGCAAAGGCGGUGCGCUCUGGCCAACUUUCGCCUGAGGAUGCCGUUCAGGCAUACCUCGACCGGAUAGACCAGCUGGACUCGCGCCUUGCCGCCUAUAUCACAGUUACCCGAGAGGAAGCACUGGGUGCCGCCAGACAGGUCGAGUGGAGGCUGGAGUCUGAGGGCGAUCCCGGCCCGCUGGCCGGUGUCCCGAUGGCCAUCAAGGACCAGUUCUGGACCGAGGGCAUCCUUACCACCAACGGCUCGCGGGUCUACCGGGAUUUCGUGCCCACCGAGGACGCCACCAUCGUCAGGAAACUGAAGGAAGCCGGCGCGACGCUGCUGGGCAAACUUAAUCUGAGCGAGCUUGCCAUGGGCGGGACUCAGAAUCCGCCCUGGGGCAUACCGGCCAACCCGUGGGAUUUCGAUCGAACCCCGGGGGAGUCCAGCAGCGGGUCCGGAGUCGCGCUCUCGGCUCACCUCUGCGCCGCCUCAAUCGGCGAAGCUCUCCUCUCGGUCGGGCUGUGA